CAAAAAUCCAGGGAAGACGUAGCAACAAUCGACGAAGAUGACGAGGAGGACCGCCGGCCUUGUGAGAACCAGUUUGGCGCUGCUGGGUCUCGUUGUUGCGGCAUCUACUGUGACUACGCAAAAUCGGCUAUUCGACGUAAAUGAUUACGUUUACGGAGUGGACAUCGACUUACAAGCUCGUGCACGGGCAGCAAUCGAAGCUGAAAGGUUUACCCUGCAAUCAAACAAUCGUGAGCGGUCCGAGAAGGAGCCGUGCCGAUUAAGGCAGGAGCGGCCUUGUCCGCCAAGCAAAUACAGGACCCCUUCCGGGGCCUGCAACAACGUCAGGCAUCCAGCCUGGGGCGCCAGGGGCUCGCCCUACCUCCGCGUCCUACCACCUGCCUACACCAAUGGUGUUGAGAAACCUUUUUCUUCAUUGAGCAACCACGCUCUGCCAUCCAGUGCUGAAGUGGUAACCCAGUUCCGCUCUAACCACCGCAACAGCGCAGCCCCUCACGAAGGUCUGAGCAGCCUGACUGGUGUCUGGUCCGAGCUUUUGCUGCGCGACAUUUCUGAUCCGGUACGUCCCAAGCACAAUGAGAACUGUUGCCAGCCGAACUUUAGUCAUCCAGAAUGCAUGCCUGGCUUGGACGUGAGUGGAAACUGCUUGAACUAUUGGCGCGCGGUGCCGACUCUGAGCACCCACUCGUGCAACUUCAAAACUCGCGAGCAAAUGAACGGGGCUUCUGGAUACUUGGACGGCUCGGACAUUUACGGAAACAAUGACAAUAGGCUACACAAGCUCAGGACUUAUCACGGAGGACGCGUCAAUUUGGCCACUUGCGAGCUCUGCAACAAGCCCAACUCCAGCAUCGGACUCAUCUACCAAACUCUGCUGACCGAGCACAAUCGGAUAGCCGAUAAGCUGGCCGAAAUUAAUGGACACUGGGACGAUACCAGACUGUACUUGGAAGCCAGACGUGCCGUCGUCGCUCAACUCCAACACGUGACGCUGAACGAGUAUGCUCCCAGCAUCCUUGGCGAGGCCGUCUUCGCUGAUCAGGAGCUGAUGCCACAGACUAGCGGUUUCUACAAGGGCUACUCAUCGACCAACCGUGGUGGUGCUAUCGAUGCCGUAUCCCUAGCUGCACUCCAGGCUCUUACUUCGAUCAAAAGCUUUGAGAGUUCGGCUCUCGAGCAGCAGGUCAUUCUUGCGGCCAAACGCGUCAGCCUUGACGUAGCUGAGCAGGAACCGUCCACCGAAUGGGAUCUUAGUUCUCUGCUAAUCCACGCUGGUAGGGACCACGGUCUGCCCAGCUACAUAAAAUUCGUGGAAUACUGCUCGAAUGGACGUGUCAAGUUUGAGAACUUCACAAGCUUGACGAGUAUCAUGGAACCAAAAGAUGUUGAGCUACUCGAAAAUAUCUACUCUCGCGUUGAAUACAUCGAUCUGCUCCUUGGGGGGAUCCUUGAGAUUCCGAACGAAGGAGCAGCUGUGGGUCCCACGUUCGGUUGUCUCUUGCGCGAACAAUUUAUCAAGCUACGCAACUCGGACCGUUUCUGGUACGAAAAUGAUAUCCCACCGUCCAGCUUGAAACUCGAACAGAUAACGGAAAUCCGUAAAGUGUCGUUGGCUGGUAUUCUAUGCAUAAAUUCUCAAAUUGCUAAGAUCCAGCCCAAGUCCUUCAUCCAACAGGAUCCAUACUUGAAUGCUAAAAUCACUUGCGAGCAGCACGGAUUAUUGGACCUGUCAGCUUGGAAAGAAGAAUUCGCAGAAGCUGCUGUGGUGGACAACCACAUGACCACAACUCCUGCUUCCGAAGCCGCUAGGACACUUGUUGCUGAAAUCGACGAAGACAUGAUUGCCCAUGCCGUCAAGAAAGCCGAACAAAAUUUCAUGGAAAGGAAACAACUCGAGUACAAAUCUUGGGUGGAGAAAAAAAUCGCCAAUCCAAAAUCACCCGCUGGCACGGCCGCUAGCUUCUCCAAGGCCAAUAAAGAUGCACUUCUGAUUGCUAAUACUUCGAUCCUCUAUGAGCUCACUACAAAUGAGUUGAUUAACGGCAUCGACGGACUGAGAAGAAGAAGGAGGAAGAGACAAUCUUUCGACGUUGGCGACAACGUUCUUGGCUUUCCCAAUAACGAGUUCAACGAUAUCUUACAAAAUGUUGAUGUUUCUGGCUUUUUCCCUCACAAAGUGCCGACCAAUCAUGAAGAAGUUGAUUGUCCCUUCGAAGACGGUCCAUGUGACCCUACGACUCCUUAUCGUACGUUCACUGGACAUUGUAAUAAUUUACGCAAUCCAACUCUCGCACAAUCUUUAACGACUUUCUCUAGACUACUUCCACCACAUUACGAAGAUGGUGUUUCCAAACCAAAAGUAACGGGUGUAACAGGCGCAUUCCUUCCAAAUCCCAGGACAAUUUCUACAAAUAUUCAUCCAGACAUUUCAAACUUGCAUAACCGUUACACCCUGAUGGUAAUGCAGUACGCCCAAUUUUUGGAUCACGAUAUGACCAUGACACCCAUUCAGAAGGGUUUCGGCGAAUCCAUUCCUAGCUGCAGAUCUUGCGAUUCAGCUCGCACCGUCCAUCCAGAAUGCAAUCCAUUUGUUGUUCCACCCGGUGAUCAUUACUAUCCAACGCUCAACGUUAGUUCCGGAGAGCGCCUUUGCAUUCCAUCCAUGAGAUCACUCCCUGGUCAGCAACACCUCGGGCCACGCGAGCAGAUUAACCAGAACACCGGUUUACUCGAUGGCUCCGUGGUGUAUGGCGAGAACGCUUGCAUCGCCAAGGUUCUUCGAGGCUUCAACGGGUUGAUGAAUAUCACCAGGCAUCCAAAUAAUGGAAAAGACUUAUUACCCCAAUCGCGUACUUUUCCCGAAUGCAAAGCACCGUCAGGAUAUUGCUUCAUCGGUGGUGACGCUCGAGCUUCCGAACAACCGGGUCUUACGGCCAUGCACACAAUGUGGGUUAGAGAGCACAACAGGGCUAUGGACUUACUAAGGAAAGCCAACAGUCAUUGGGACGCAGAGAAAUUGUUCCAGGAAACUCGACGAAUCGUUAGCGCCAUGUUGCAACACAUAACUUACAACGAGUUCCUGCCACGAAUCCUCGGAUGGAAUGCCGUCAAUCUGUACGGCUUGAAGCUACUGCCUCAAGGCUACUACAAAGAGUACUUGCCAACCUGCAACCCAAGCAUAUUAAACGAGUUUGCGACCGCCGCGUUUCGUAUAGGACACUCGCUGCUGAGACCCCACAUCCCAAGAAUGGACCGCAGCUACCGAAACAUUGAUCCACCAAUUUUGUUGCGGGACGGUUUCUUCAACCCCGACAUGCUCUACCAACCCGAGAUGAUUGACGAGAUCAUCCGUGGUCUUGUGGCUACACCCAUGGAAACCCUCGAUCAGUUUAUCACUGGCGAAGUGACGAACCAUCUGUUCGAGCAAAAGGGAAUCCCACACUCGGGCUUCGACUUGAUAGCCCUCAACAUCCAAAGAUCCAGGGAUCACGGUCUACCUCCCUACAAUCAGUACAGAGCCCUUUGCAAUUUGAAGAAGGCCACGAAUUUCGAUGAUCUGUCGAGAGAAAUGGCUCCCGAGGUGAUAGCCAGAUUGAAGAGGGUGUACGCCUCCGUUGAUGACAUCGAUCUUUUCCCAGGUGGUAUGAGCGAGAGGCCGCUGCAAGGUGGCUUGGUUGGGCCGACGUUCGCUUGCAUCAUUGCCAUCCAGUUCCGGCAGGCGCGUAAAUGCGAUCGCUUCUGGUACGAGACCGACGACCCGAACAUUCGUUUCACCGAGCCCCAACUGGCCGAGAUCCGCAAGACCACCCUGUCCAAGGUCAUGUGCGACAACAUGGACGCGCACGCCAUCACGGAAAUGCAACGGGCGGCUUUCGACCUGCCGUCCAACUUCUUGAACCCAAGGGUGCCGUGCAACUCAAUGCCAACCAUGAACUUCGACGCUUGGAAGGAGACGAGGCAGGGCUGUCAGAUUGGCGGCAGGAACGUUGCCAUCGGCGAGUCUGGCUUCCCCACGCCUUGCACCAGUUGCGUCUGCACGAAUGAGGGUACCCACUGCGCAUCGUUGCGAGUGACCGACUGCCACCAGCUACUGCGCGAGGCGUCGCGCGAGGCCAUCCUCCGGGACGACGUGUGCACCGCCCAGUGCGGCUUCGUCCUGGCGGCGACCGAGCCCGCGGUCACGAGUCUGCCCUUCAAAACUGCCCACACUUUCCCCGGCUUCUCCCACACGCGUGGCAACCACCUCCGCACGUUCGCGUCGUCGCUCAACGUCGGCUUCAAACUGCCCGACCUCUCGCAGUUCAUCGGCUGAAACAACACGCAGCAGCCCGAGUACUCGAUAUUACGAUUGUACGAUACGUGCCAAUGAAAACAUCGCUGUU